GGAAAUGCAGAGACUUGAUAUAAGGGAAACUACCGAAUCAAACAAGCGAUCAGGUUUUCAUUCUCCUGUCAGAACUAGCUCAGCCUCUGCACAAGUAAAAGCGACCCCUAACACUGAAUCGAAUUCGAAAGAAAAAUCUUUCAACAUAGUCUGUUCAAAUAAUCCUUCAGUUCGUUCGCCUGCUAGCUAUGUUUAUUCAACAAGAAAUCCGAAAAGAGGAGCGUGCCUGAUAUUAUGUGUAGAGAACUUUGAACCAGCUCUUUGUCUCCCACCCAGACCUGGGGCUGAAAUAGACACUAAAAAUGUAUAUGAAGCUUUCGAUUUUCUAGAAUUUGAAGUUCUUCUCUGUUCUAAUCCCACUGCUCGCGAAAUGAUUUCCGCUGCACGCAAAGAAAUUCAAAAGCAAUGUAUUGCAAGCCAAUCGCACAAGGAUGAUGACUGCUUCGUCUGUAUCAUUCUCAGUCACGGAGAUGAUGGUGGAAUUAUAUACGCUCGAGAUGGCCCCGUUAAUCUGGAUCAAUUAGUGCAACCAUUUCAUGGCGACUCAUGUGCUGAUUUGAUUGGAAAGCCAAAGCUGUUCUUCAUUCAGCUUUAA